AGUACAGCUAACUAAUCUACCGAACUACUUAAGGGUCAAUUGUGAAUAAACUUUCUUUUCUCGCGUUUAGCUGGUCAUAUGUCUAUCGUAUGGUUUGAUAGCAUAAGUCGUCAGCGUAAUCCAUGCAAGAGGCCUAGUGAAAACAAUAAUUUUUGUAACAAAAAACGGAAGAAUUACAGGCAUACACCUAUAUCUAAGAAAUCUCAGAUAAUUCAGUCAUCUGGCCCUAACAGUGCUACUCAUAGUCCUUACGUCGUAGCUCCAUCUAUCCAAAAAUUACGUGAGAAUAUUCUGAAUGCCUAUGUAGUUAAAGAAACAGAGAUGAUAGCAUUUUUUCAUUUGCUGGAGGAUACCACAAUUAAAAAGUUUCUUGCAUUCGACAUGUGCUUCAAAUAUGCGGACAAUUUUGCGAUUGCGUAUGUGUUCGCCUAUUUUAAAAGAUGUAAUCUUUCAAUUCAAGAAUAUAAUCGAAUGAACUUUUUUUGCUGUCUGUAUCUUGUGCAUGAUAUAGAAGAAGAUGAUGGGGAUCACAAAUAUGAAAUUCUUCCAUGGGCUCUUGGUUCAUUUUGGCAACAGAAAAUGUCGAGCUUUUCUCGACAGAAAGAGGCUUUAUGGGCUAGAAUGGAUUAUCGAGCUGUGGUUAGCUAUAGGUGCUGCAAAGAACUAAUGAGUAUUUUUCCAUCACAUCCUGUAUGGGGCCGAAACAGACUUCCACAUCAUGGAGGAGCUAUUCGAGCUUAUCUAAAGCCCACUGACUCGAAUAUUCCGCAGGGUCCGAAGUCUCUUCCAAGGUACAAAACACCAACAAGCAUGACAGAUUUUAUUAUCAUAUUCGUUUUGUAGACUAUGUGAUGCCUGUAAACUGUUCUAUGCAAGAGACACUGUUCCUAAAUGUUUAAUUGCAAGUGAAAACUUCCUUACCCCAGAAAAUUCCCCAAACCUAAAUGACUCAGCUUUCCAUAGUCUAUUUGAAGACGAUUCGUUUAGCAGCUUUAGAAACGAGAAUGGAUCAAACGUGAAUACUGGGUUUCAAUCAUAUAAUUCAUGCUGUAAUGAAAGUUGGCUUUCUCAAGAAACGUACUGUUAUGAGAGAACCAUUUCUGGUAUUGAAAACGAAUAUUGUCUUAUAGAUGAAGAAUAAAAGAAAGAAAACUGAUGAAACACAUAAUUCGCAGUUUUAAAAACUUAUAGUCACGCUGUAAAUAAUUUUUAUACGUCAUAUACUGUAACAUGUUAAGUAAAUAAUUCGCAAAUUUUAGAAUUAAAAGUUUUACACAAGC